AUGCGGUCGGUCGCUACGGGAUGCUGGACAUGUCGUGUUCGACAUCGAAAGUGUGAUCUGGAGAAGCCUUCCUGUAGGGAAUGCACUGAGCGACAUGUUCGCUGCCACGGAUACGGGCCCAAGCCAGCAUGGAUGGACGGCGGAUUGGAAGAGCAAAAAGAACGAUCACGAAUCAAAGCUACAAUCAACAAGAAUUUCCGACAUGUGAAGAAAAUGCAGCAUCUAGCUCGUCGAACGCAUAGAGAGAAAUCCCAAACAUUGUCUGAAACUCAAGGACAUGAUGAUGAAAUGCCCGAUCCAGUGGCAAGUCCACCUCGUUCUUCGUAUUUGGCAUCUUUACCUUCUGAAAAUGAAGUUUCCGAAGUUAUAUCCGAUUCUAGGGGCCAGGCUCUGACAUGUGGCCCAACUCAUGUUAUCGAAACCUAUCCCGAGCCAAGCCCGCGGCGUUUCGACGGGUUUGGGGUAAUUGACCACCAAGAGGCUUGUUUGUUAAUGCACUAUCUUGAUCAAGUUUUUCCUUGGCAAUUUCCAUAUCAUGACUCUCGGUCUCGUUUAGGAAAUCGAGGGUGGCUCUUCUUGCUUUUGAUUAAGCGUGGACCUCUUUACCACGCCGCCUUAAGCCUGUCCUCUCUUCAUCAGAGUGCUAUUCUCGGCACCGAGGAAGAUAUUCAGCGGAAACAAGAAGCAUUAAAUCAUCAUUCUACUGCAUUGCGAGAGCUCUGUGAUAUUAUGAGUGAAAAGGGUGACAAAUUACGCGACGACCACCCGCAAUUGGCCGAGUUUUUGACAUGUAGUUUCAUGUUGAUCAGCUUUGAGGUUUUCUCUGGUGCAGAGCAUGGCUGGCUUCUACAUCUAGAUGCAAUUGCCUCCGUUAUGCGGCAAUUAUCGCCCGAGGAUAUAUUCAACUCGCAGACUCAAAGUAACACUGAUAUAAAAUGUCAAUCUAACGAAGGCCUCGAGUUUCUCAUGGUCGGCGUCAUGUGGUAUGAUCUCUUUGCCUGUAUUUCAACGGGCAGUAUACCACGGCCUCCCUAUCAACGGUGGCUCCAAACUCCGGGGUUCAAUACGGCGGAUCUCAUGGGCUGUCAGAACUGGGUUAUGAUGAUAAUCGGGGAUCUAGCACACCUUUCGGCAUGGAAAUACCAACAAGAGAAGGACGGUCGGCUGAGUAUUCGAGAGCUCGCAAGCAAAGGCCAAGAGAUAGAAACACGAUUAGAGAGCGGGAUCGAGAACUUGGAGCGGGAAAGAGAUGAAAACACGAUGAGACCUCUGCCGAAUUGGGUUUCACAUAUUUUCGCCCUCGCAGCUCUCAUCUUGCUGCAUACCAUAGUUUCUGGGCCACUACCAGCGCUCCCCGAGAUACAAAGUGCCGUUGCCAGAAGCGUCCUCGCACUCGAGAAUAGACCCAAGACUUAUUCUCUCACAGGUUCUGUGUGGGCGUUGUGUAUAAUAGCAUGCAUGGCACAGUCGCACCGGCCAUUUUUCGAAACUUUAAUGACGGACCUCACACGAGAAUCAGGAAGAUUUGGAAACAUAGCAACCGUACAGAAAAUUAUGAGAAAGUGUUGGGAAAUGCAGGAAACCGGUCGUGCGGACUGCCGGAUCACGAUGUGUGAAAUGGGGGUUCGUGCUAUCUUGAUAUAG